AUGAAAAAGUCAACCCUUGAUCCCAGCCUAAUAUGGAAUUCAGGUGUGGACCCCCAACCCAGCCCCAGGCCCUCUGUGACAGCAGGACUGCUGCCAGAGUCUCUGCCACUCCUGAGCCGCACUGGGCUGGCCCCCCAGUGCCUCUGGGCUCCCUGUACCAAAAUCUUGUCAGCCAGCCCCACCCCAUUAGCAAUCCUGACCCUGCUCUCGCCAGUCGCCCCAGGGCGAUUUGAGCUGGUGACUCCCCGGGCUCCUCACUCCAUACUCUGCCCUCACCUCUUGCUGCCCCAGGGUCAACCUCCCUGGGCUGUUCGGGCUGGCAUCUCCAAGGACCUUGGUGCCCCAAUGCCUGCCCUCACCAGUUUCCCUAGGGAAAACAAGCCAAGCCACCACCAUCAGGCAGCGCUCAGGAGGCAGGUAGAGGCUCGGGCUCACAAAAUCAGUGACCUGGAGAGAGAACUAUAUUUCACAGAUAGUGUGGCCAGGCGGCUAGAAGGAGAUUGCAGUUACCUCUCCGAACUCCUGCAACAUGCCUCCCAACACGUGGAGGACUUGAGGCAGGCUCUGUCUGAUGUCCCCACACAGAAAAAGGUGGCAGACAGGUGCAACGAGUUAAGAAAGGAGAGGGAUGGCCUGAGUCUGGAACUGUACAGGAGCACUAUAAUCAGUGAGGCGCUACAGAGGAAGAACAGCAAACUUAGACUCCUACAGUCCAAAAAGUCCAGCAUCCAGCAGCUACAGAGAAAGCUGGCUAGGGCCAAGCUCCUGCUGCCACAGGUGCAGCUACAGGAGGAGGUCGAGAACCUGAAGCAGGAGCUUCACAGGCUCAAAGGAGAGCUCCAGGAACAGCUGGAUGAAAGUAAUCACUGGGAACACCUCUACCAGGAGCAAGAGGAGAAGAUCUGGAAGGGGGAGCAGAAGACAUGGGAGCAGUUGCAGAAGAUGUGGAAGUGGAAGCAUAUGAUGUGGGAGCAGGAGGAGAUGUGGAAGUGGGAGCAGAUGAGGCAGGAGUGGGAGCAUAUGAUGCGGGAGCAGGAGGAGAAGAUGUGGAAGUGGGAGCAGAUGAGGCAGGAGUGGGAGCAUAUGAUGCGGGAGCAGGAGGAGAAGAUGUGGAAGUGGGAGCAGAUGAGGCAGGAGUGGGAGCAUAUGAUGCGGGAGCAGGAGGAGAUGUGGAAGUGGGAGCAGAUGAGGCAGGAGUGGGAGCAUAUGAUGCGGGAACAGGAGGAGAUGUGGAAGUGGGAGCAGAUGAGGCAGGAGUGGGAGCAUAUGCUACGGGAGCAGGAGGAGAAGAUGUGGAAGUGGGAGCAGAUGAGGCAGGAGUGGGAGCAUAUGAUGCGGGAGCAGGAGGAGAAGAUGUGGAAGUGGGAGCAGAUGAGGCAGGAGUGGGAGCAUAUGAUGCGGGAGCAGGAGGAGAUGUGGAAGUGGGAGCAGAUGAGGCAGGAGUGGGAGCAUAUGAUGCGGGAGCAGGAGGAGGAGAUGUGGAAGUGGGAGCAGAUGAGGCAGGAGUGGGAGCAUAUGAUGCGGGAGCAGGAGGAGGAGAUGUGGAAGUGGGAGCAGAUGAGGCAGGAGUGGGAGCAUAUGAUGCAGGAGCAGGAGGAGGAGAUGAGGCAGCACGAACAAAAGAUCCAGGAGCACGAGCAGAAAAUACAGGAGCAUGGACAAAAGAUGGAGCAGAAGAGGCGUCGGGAGCAGGAAAAGAUGCAGGAGCAGAAUUGUUGUAAAAUGCUGGCUGGGUGCGGUGGCUCAUGCCUGUAAUCUCAGGACUUUGGGAGGCCGAGGCGGGUGAAUCCCUUGAGAUCAGGAGUUGAAGACCAGCAUUGUUAACAUGGUGGAUCUGGGAGAUGGAGGUUGCAGUGAGCUGAGAGCCUGCCACUGCACUCCAGCCUGGGUGACAGAGCGAGACUCUGUCUCUAAAAAAAAUAUAUAUAUACCUGAGAAUCCUCAUAUCUAUGUAUGU